GUGAGGUUGGCGGGGCCGCCCCCGCCGCGGCGAGGCGGCAGCUUCGGUCCCGGGCGGCGCCGAGCGGGGCGGCGGCCGGCCAGGGCAGGGCUAAGGGGGCGGCGGUCGUUGCCUGCAGCGCCAGCGGCAUGGUGGGGGACGGCGACGAGCGGGCUCCGCCGGACGCCCCCGAGCUGAAGCGGCGGCGGAAGAGCCCUCGCUUGGCGGAGGCGGCGGAGAGGGAGAGGGAGGCCGAGCCUGAGCCCGGCUCCAGUGGGGCGCCGGAGGGGGGCGAGCUCGGCGUUGUGAGCCCGGACCGCCUGACCCGGCCGCCGAUCCGAGCCUGCAGGGCGGCAGGCAGUUCUUCAAAUUUCUUACUUCCAGAGAACCCAGCAAAAGAAAAAGCAAAGGAUUACGAUGGCAUUGAACCCAAGAAACCAGCAGGGCAUCAACCAAGUGUUCAUGCACCGUUAAAAGAAAGCAAGGCUGACUUCUUUGAGAAAAGUCAAGAGCUCCACUCAACUACACUACAGAGCAGAAGUAAAUUUCGAGAUCAACCCAGUAUAGUGAAGCAGUCACAGCAGCAGUCACAGCGUUUGGCCAAAAAAGGUGGUGGAUCAAAGAGUGGAUUUCAAAAGGGAUGGACUUUACUGGUUCUGGCAAUUGUUGUCGCACUGUUUUAUGUCGGGUGGAUUGGAAUGCCAAGCCUUCUAGACACAACUUCGUCAAGUAGAAAUACUCAAAUUCUGCAAGCGUUUCGGGCCCGGAUGGAUAAACUCAAGGAAACAUACCAAAGUCAGGACCCCAAUCUGUGGAGAAGAACCCACGUGUUCCUUGAGAAACACCUCACUGCUUCCCAUCUGCACACGGAGCCAGCCAUCUUACUGUUCACAGCUGGCCAAGAAGCCGAGAAAGCACUGAGGUGCCUCAGUAAUGAGAUUGCUGAUGCUUUUGCCUUCUCCCAGAAUGCUACCGCAAUCAAAAUUAACGGGGCAGACAAAGCCGAAAUGGAUAGUGACAAUGUUAAGAUGGAGGUAGAUAACGAGCUCAGCUCUGGGUUCAGCAAAGGCAAGAAGGUAGCAGUGGUGCAUCGUUUUGAGUUACUGCCUGCAGGCUCCACCUUGAUCUUUUACAAGUACUGUGACCAUGAAAAUGCAGCAUUUAAGGAUGUGGCUCUUCUGCUGACUGUUCUCCUGGAUGAGCAGUCACUGGGAAAGAGCCUUACCAUGAAAGAAGUUGAGGAGAAAGUGAGGGAUUUCCUCGGGACCAAGUUCACCAGUUCAGAUGUUCCUAGUUCUUACAAUAGCAUGGAUACAGAUAAGCUGAGUGGACUGUGGAGCCGUAUAUCUCAUCUUGUGUUACCUGUUAGGCCUGAAAAGGGCCUUCCUGUGGAGGGAUGCACAUAAAAGUUGUUAGAGAGGACUCUGGAAAGGAGGAAGACAAAAAAUAUGUUGUAAUGGCUGAACAGGGAAGAACCUACUGUGGCUGCUGAGCUCAGGCCGCACAAAGUCCUUUCUGUGCAAAGGAUUUUCACCAAGUGGCAGGGUUGAUUCUGCUAAAGUAACUGGGACUUCUCUAAAUAAACUGCAGAACGUAAACAAGGAA